CAAGUCAUGAGUUCGCACCCAAAGGACGAAGGGAGGCCAGGUCUGGGAAGAUAUCGGUCCGCCACUUUUUGUGAGACCCUCUUCUUUUUACUUACCCUUUUCCUGUUUACCUUUGAGUCCCUCCUCUCCUAACCCCCCGAAUACACCCAGUCCCAGUCCCAGUCCACCACCUGCUCGCCCAUGUCACCAAUAAGCACACUACCGCAUAAGCUUCUAAGGCAUAUCUUGGAAUAUCUCUCCAAUGAAGAGCUAUACACUAUUAUGCCCGUAUCCACUGUAUGGAACGCUACUGCUGGUCAGGUGGUUGCCCAUAGUUUUCGUGAACAACACUUGGUGAUGUGGAUUGACCAAGAAGGCCACCGCAUGUGCAACCCGCUAUGGACAUUCGAUUCUUACAAUACCCUCACCAAUGUUAUUCGCUUUAAGCCUUACGAAGCAGAACCUACCACCCAUCCUGAUAUCUACAAUCUCAUGUUCGGACUUAAACGACCAUGUCUCAGACUCAUUACUAUCGGCGAUGACCACCAUUAUGAUUACUUGGAGAAAGCAGGCUCUAUUUCCUUAAAGCAUACCGGUCAAAAGACCAUGUUGGCCUCCGACCUAUCGGCGGCAGACAACACUUAUCAUCAAUGGCGCUUUACCUAUCGCAUUGAAUAUCUUUAUCGUAAGAACCGUAAAAUUGAUGGUGAACGUGUCUUCAUUCCAGAGAUUUUCGAAUGUUCUCUAUCGUUUUUGAAUCCUAAACGUGCACAUAGAACGAAGCUGGCAUGGUAUGUCAAGAAACAUAUGAAGAAUAUCAAUCCUGCUCCGUCCAAGGACAGCAAACGUACUAAGAUUCACGGCGAAGUCUCGCCCUCUGAAUGGAAUUCUUUCUUCUCUCAACAGCCUAACGAUAUGAUGCCUCAAAUGUAUGUUCAUUAGACCAAUGUGAAUUUCUGACUUUGUAUUUUUUUCCCUUUGCUUUGUCUUCUACUGCUGCCCCCCCCCCCAUUUCGAAAAAAAAAAGAAAUGUGAUCUGAUAAACACGAUUUUUGAGUAAAUAAAUCCAACAAGAAAAGGGCUUGAUACCCCACAUGUGCAAUACUAAAA